UCAUUUCUCAAUGUCUCUCUCUGUCCAAAGCUCAGCUUCUCCCGCUCUUUCUCUGUAAUUCUGCUGAGAGCUCUGUUGACCGCCAUUGGAGGACGUGGAGCUCUUGUCAGCCUCUUCAGUGAAAAUGAUUUUUGAUCUACUGUAAUGAACCGCUGGUCUUCAAGGCAGUAGAAAUGAGUAUUGUAAACGUUAGUUUUCAAGUUGAAGAUCGCUCUGGUAGAAUCACGAGAGCACGGGCAAAAGAAUUAAGCGAAUCAGGAGACGUUCCAUGCUCCUCAAAAUCUUCUGGAGUUCAGAAGCAUAUUGUACGAGCCAACUCAAAAAGAAUGGCAUCUGAUGAUAUUAAUAUUUGUUCAAUUUCUUCCAGUGGCCUUCCUAAUAAAAGAAGAGCAGUGCUCAAGGAUGUGACUAACAUUUCCACCAAAGGUUCUGAUAAGAAUUGCAGAAAUGCUUCUAAUAUUCAGGGUGACAAACCAACUAGAAGAAUUUCUACUAAAGCUAAGGCAAAUGCGCCUUUAAAUGCUCCUGUAGAAAUUCUAGGAGCAGAAGAAGAUGAAAACACAAGACUAGCUGAGGACUUAUCUAAAAUAAGGGUGGUAGAAUCGCGAGAGGUCUCUUUAAGAGAAACUCUUUGUCACAGCAGCGGAGAAUGUGGAGUUUUAGAUAUGGUUCUCUCUGUAUCUUCAGAAGAAUCUAUCCCUCAGCGAAAUGAAAAAUAUAUGGCAUCUGAACAAUCGGCAGCAUCAAGUGAUACUGGUGUUAUAGACAUUGAUUCAAACUCCAAAUGUCUUCAAUCAUGCAGCAUAUAUGCUCCAGACAUAUAUGACAGAAUACGUGUGACGGAGCUUGAUCAAAGGGCCUCAACUACCUAUAUGGAACAGUUGCAGCAAGAUAUCACUGCAGACAUGCGAGGAAUACUGGUUGAUUGGCUUAUAGAGGUUUCUGACGAAUACAAGCUGGUUCCAGAUACACUCUACCUCACUGUGAAUGUUAUUGAUCGGUUUCUCUCUCGAAAUUGUAUUGAAAGAAAGCGUCUCCAGCUUCUCGGUGUUGCAAGCAUGCUAAUUGCAUCAAAAUAUGAGGAGAUCUGUGCGCCAGGAGUGGAAGAUUUCUGCUUCAUUACAGAUAAUACUUACACAAAAAGAGAGGUGGUAGAAAUGGAGAGUAAAGUUUUGAACUUACUGCACUUUCGGCUAUCUGUUCCCACUACAAAGACAUUUCUAAGGAGAUUCAUACAAUCGGCUCAUGCUUCUUACAAGGUUCCUUGCAUUGAACUUGAGUUUUUGGCCAAUUAUUUAGCUGAGUUGACUCUUGUUGAAUACAGCUUCCUAAAGUUCCUUCCUUCUCUGAUCGCCGCAUCCGCCGUUUUUCUUGCAAGAUGGACACUCGACCAAUCGGAUCAUCCCUGGAAUCCAACUCUAGAGCACUAUACAUGUUACAACGCUUCUGAGCUGAAGACUGUUGUGCUUGCCCUCCAAGACUUGCAACUUAACGCCAGUGCUUCCCCCUUAAAUGCCAUACGUCAGAAGUAUAGACAACCAAAGUUCAAAUGCGUAGCGACAUUAACGUCGUCUCGAUCGGUUCUAUCGCUAUUUGAAGAACAAGAUUGAUCACAUUCUUGCCAAAAUGAUAAUCUACAGCAAAGAACAUCAUCCUAUUUUUAUCUCAAUGACUUGGAGGAACCCCACUUCCUCUGCGCUCUGUGGUACUGGUACUUCCCGAUAUCUGUGUCUGUGAUAUUUUGUGUACAUUAAUAUUCCCAUAGCUUAAAAUACAUUGUUUUUGUGAAUCCAAAAAGCUCAUUUGGAGGCAAUGUUAAUUGUUUGGUGACUUUAGUUUUGGUUACUCUUCUGUAGCAAUAUGGGGCUGCUUCCUUCUAGCCUUACAUUUUUGUAUCAAAAACCUUAAUGAAUAAACAUGUCUGAGAGUUCUUUAGACUA